AAGAGUUUGGCUAGCAAAAGCAAACUAAAGACUCACAUGAGGAUCCACACUGGAGAGAAACCAUUCACAUGCACUCAGUGUGGGAAGAGUUUUAACAAAUCAUCAAAUCUUAAUCUACACAUGAGGAUCCACACUGGAGAGAAACCAUACACAUGCACUCAGUGUGGGAAGAGUUUUAGCCACUCAUCACACCUUAAUCAACACAUGAUGAUCCACACUGGAGAGAAACCCUUCGCAUGCACUCAGUGUGGGAAGAGUUUCAGCCUAUCGUCAUCGCUUUAUAGACACAUGAAGGUCCACAUUGGAAAGAAACCAUUCACAUGCACUCAGUGUGGGAAGAGUUUCAGCCUAUUAUCAUCACUUUAUAGACACAUGAAGAUCCACACCGGGGAAAAACCUUUCACAUGCACUCAGUGUGGGAAGAGUUUCAGACAAUCAUCAUACCUUAAUAAACAUAUUAGGAUCCACACUGGAAAGAGAUCAUUCACAUGCAAUCAGUGUGGGAAGAGUUUCAACAAAUCAUCAAAUCUUAAUCUACACAUGAGGAUCCACACUGGAGAGAAACCAUUCACAUGCACUCAGUGUGGAAAGAGUUUUAGCCACUCAUCACACCUUAAUCAACACAUGAUGAUCCACACUGGAGAGAAACCAUUCACAUGCACUCAGUGUGGGAAGAGUUUCAGCCAAUCAUCAUCCCUUAAUAAACACAUGAGGAUCCACACUGGAGAAAAACCAUUCACAUGCACUCAGUGUGGGAAGAGUUUCAGCCUAUCAUCAUCGCUUUAUAGACACAUGAAGAUCCACACUGGAAAGAAACCAUUCACAUGCACUCAGUGUGGGAAGAGUUUCAGCCAAUUAUCAUCGCUUUAUAGACACAUGAAUAUCCACACUGGAGAAAAACCAUUUACAUGCACUAAGUGUGGGAAGAGUUUCAACCAAUCAUCAUACCUUAAUAAACACGUUAGGAUCCACACGGGAAAGAGAUCAUUCACAUGCACUCAGUGUGGGAAGAGUUUCACCCACUCAUCACACCUUAAAAAACACAUGAAGAUUCACACUUGUGUGAGAGAGUAUAUGUGCCUGGAGUGUAAGAAGACUUUUAUUACAGCUGCAGAAUUGAAACGGCACCAGAGGAUUCACACUAGAGAGAAACCGUACAAGUGUUCACUCUGCAGUAAGAGGUUUACUCACUCAGGAACCCUGAAAACACAUGAGAGGGUUCACACUGGAGAGAAACCGUAGACAUGAUCAGUGUGUACAGAGUUUCACUCAUUCGGGGCAGCUUAAGAAACACAUGAGAUUGUUUCCAGUAUGGCGUCGACACAUGUAGUAGCAUAGAAAAAGCACUCCCAUACACACUGGUAGUAAUCCUCCUUUUUACAUCAUUUGUAAUAACCUAAACCAUAUUUAAAUAACAUGGAGGAAGACAAAAACAAAAAGGCUAGGUCAAAACAACCAUUGAAUAAAAAAAAGAGAAAUCAGAUGAAAAAUUUGAGAUGGACAGGAUGGCAUUGCAGUAAAACAUAUGGACAUCAAAGUUUUCCAGAUGGAUUUUAAAUCUGAUUUAACUGCCUUCCAAGAUUCUCUUGCAAAAGAUGUGAAAAUGGAAAUAAGUUACUUUAAACAAUAAGUCAAUCAAAAACUGGAUGGCCUUAUUACGGACCUAAACGCAACAGCAGAAAAGGUCAACGAAGUGGAGCAGCGAGUUGGAGAAUUGGAGGAGAACAUUGCUGAGAUGAAAGAAAUUCUUGAUCAAACCAUCCAAAUUCAAGAAAACGUACAAGAAUAACUUGGAUCUAGAAACACGCUCCCGUAGAAAUAAUAUUCAGAUUUUUGGAAUCCCAGAUGGGAUUAGAGAAUAAUAUUCAAGACUUUGUGGAAACAAUUAUCAAAACGAACUGUCACUUGACGAAAUGGACCUUAAAAUCCAACGAUGUCAACGGAGGCAUCAAGAGAUCUGAAAGAAAAAGGACUAAUAAACAGCAAAGAAGAAACUAUUAUAAGAAUCUCUGGGAAAGAGAAACAAAGAUCUUGGCAAAGUUUUGAGUGACAUCGAAGAAAAGAAUUUGAAAUUUGAAAUUAAAUUUUAAAGAGACAACACUAGCUCCGUUUGAAAGAAGGGUAAACCCUGACAGAUCCUCACAAAGAACUCUGAGAGACUAGUAAAACUUCUUGAGUUGAUUCACCAAUAAUGGACAUUUUAAAUCGUUUUAAGGAAGAAUGGUAUUUAACUGAACUGACCAGCAACACAAGUUGAACGAUUAAAGCACACCAAGACUCGA